AUGGCAAAAGUGGAUGGUGCCACUUUCAGUGUAGAUCUUAUUGCAACUUCGUUUGACUCUAUUCGGUGUCUUGGUAACCACGAAUUUGAUGACGAAAUAAGUGGACUUGGACCGUUUUUGAAAAACGUAACUUUCCCUGUUGUAUGUGCCAAUAUAAACGUGACUGGAAUCGAUGAAAUGCAACCAGUAGUUAAACGAACCAAGUUAGACGUUGGAGGAUAUCAGGUUGGAAUCGUCGGAUACAUCACCGUUACCACUGAAUUUAUUUCUAAAACGGAUCCAGUUGUAUUUUUGGAUGAAAUGGAAAGCGUAAGACAGCAGGUGAAGGAACUUCAGAAAGAAGGUGUCAACCGUAUCAUAGCUUUAGGUCACGCAGGAAUUGAAAUGGAUAAGAAAAUUGCACGAGAAGUGGAAGGUGUUGAUAUUGUAAUCGGUGGUCACACUAACACCUUUCUCUACAAUGGCGAUCCACCAUCAAUUGAGAAACCUGAAGGGAGCUACCCGGAAGUAAUUACACAGAAGGGCGGUGAAAAAGUCCUGGUCGUCCAAGAAUUCGCUUACGGAAAAUAUCUAGGACGCUUAAAAGUUGAAUUUGAUUCGCAAGGUCGAGUUAAAUCUUGGAGUGGAAAUCCAAUACUGUUGAAUAAUAGCGUAGAACAAGAUCCCGACAUCCUUUUGAAGAUGGAACCAUUUCAGAAAAAAAUGGCGAAGUUGAUGAAGACUUUUGUCGGUCAGAGUAGCGUGCUUCUGCUUGGCAGUAAAGAGUGUCGUACGGCGGAAUGUAAUUUAGGAAACCUUAUUGCAGAUUCCAUGGUAUUUUGGUACAUACAUUCCUCUGGGGAAGAUUCAUGGAGUUCAAGUGCCAUUUCGUUAAUAAAUGGUGGUUCUAUCCGAUCAGCUAUUGAACCAGGAAAUAUUACUUACGUACAAAUAGCCGAGGCUUUACCGUUUCAAAAUUCUAUUGACAUCAUCGAAGCAACAGGAAAAUUGCUCUUAGACAUACUUGAACACUCUGUGAAAGACUAUGAUUCAAAAAAUGGGAAAUUCCUGCAGGUGUCAGGAAUAAAAGUAAUCUAUGAUUUAUCCAAACCUAACGGUCAGCGUAUUGUCAGCGUGAAAGUUAGAUGUGCCAAAUGCCUUGUUCCAACCUACGAGAAUCUGCAUCUGAAGAAAAUAUAUAAAAUCGGCCUCAGCGAUUUCUUAAUUAACGGAGGAGACGGCUAUUCAAUGAUAAAGAACAACAUUAAACAUCGAAUUAUAACGGGUAUGGACCAGAGCGAAAUACUAAUUCGUUAUUUGAAGCACUAUUCACCGGUGUUCAACGGUAUUGAAGGUCGUAUAACUCUGAAAAAUGAAACCACCAUUGUUGAUGACAGCGGAGCGACCACAAAUCGAAGACUCAAUAUAAAAAAUUGGAUGAUGAUCAUUAUAUCUGUUGCCUUAACAAUGUUACAUGAAUCUCUAAAUUAGUACUCAAUAAGAGUUUUGUUAUUGUUGUUGCUAUUAUUUGUUAAUGUAUGUCAUUAUAAUUGACUGUUUAUUACUUCAAUAUCGUUAUUCUUAAUAAUUGUUAUUGCUUCUGUUGUUGUUGUUGUUGUUGUGGUUGUUUUUGUUGUUAUUGCUGUUUAAUCCCCUGGUCAGCUCUGAAUAAGUAAGCCCAUAUUCAAACGAAUGCUAACCAUUAUUAUUACGUCUAAUUUUCUAUAAUGGUGAACAUCAAACUAUAUUACCCAGUAUGAACCAUUUUAAGACAGAACAAGACGAUACAACCCCUAGGUCAGUGUUUCUCAACCUAUUUUCCCUCCGUCCCCACUAUAACUUUCCAGAAAAAUGUCUGCCCCACCGGUGGAUGGAAAACAAAUUUAUUUUCAAUAUUUCAUAAUUAUAUACUUUCCUUCAAGAAAUAUCCACACUAGAACAUUAGAAUAGCUCUAUACUGUAGCAAACAGACAUCACACAAUAUGCUUCACUGGAGGGAUUGGUUUGGCUAGGCUGAGUAUAGGUGUUGUACGUUUGCUAUGAAAAAA